CUGUGCGCCACGCCCAUGCGAUGCAGCUUCUCGACGCCAGCGAGGAUCUGCUGGAGGAACUUGCAGGCCUCCCUGUCCGUCAGCCCGCGGUGCGCGUUGAUGUAGUCGAAGAGCUCGCCGCCCGACGCAUACUCCAUGAUCAGCAGCAACUGGUCGUGUGUCUGCAGGAUCUGAUAGACGCACAGAACAAGACAGAGUGGAUGGAUGGAUGGCGAGGUGAGUGCGGUACCUACCUCGUAGAGCUGGAUGACAUGUGGGUGUCGGAUUCUCAGCAGAAUGCUGAUCUCACGGUUGACCCUGGUCCAGUCCUCUUGGCCCCGGAUCCUGUCUUUCUCUAGUAUCUUGAUGGCAACCUUCUCGCCUGGACACCAACCAACAAAACACACACAGCACGCACAUCCAACACACACCAAUUUGCCCAGCCCAGCUCAGAGUCCUUUGUCUUUCUCACUCACUGGUCUUUGUGUGGGUCCCGAGCCUGACUUUGCCAAAGGUGCCUUCGCCGAUCGUCGCUCCGAGGACGUAGUCGCCAACUUUCUUGACUUGGUGCUGGCUGCUCGCGGCGUUCCCCUCACCACUUGGCCGGCUUGCUGGGCUCCAGCCGUCGACGUUGGCACGCUCACGGGUCGGGCCGGGAGGGAUGACCGGCACCGAAGGGUCGGUCACACGCGCUGUCAGGCCGGGCGACUCGUCCACCAU